CCUCGUCGCCUCGUUUGGGUGUUCUUAGCCGUCUGUUUUAUGUGCUUGUUCAAUCUGGAAUAUCUCGCGAAUAUUUUCGGCAAGGAACCAGAAGUCAUAUUCAAUCGCUUUCUAAUCAAUACGCCUGGCUGUCGAGUCCGUGUCCUGGCGCAUCCAAAGAAGCCCGUGCCAUUUGUGGAGCCCAUUCACGUGAUGGGCUGCAGCAGACCGCAGUUGAUCUCUCCACUGUAUGAGGAUGACAAUAACUACCUGAAGGCCAGCAAUAUAGAGGAGGAUUUGCAGUGCAAAUGCUGGCGAAUGGAACGCCAGGAUGAUCGCUCGAAUAAAUACCUUCAGGAGAGGCAGUUCAAUCUGAGUCGCAAUGAAAACGAGCCCAUUCAAGUGGAGUGCGGCCAUCAAAUGUAUCGCAUUCAAUGCCGGAAUAACGAGAAUGUCGUCAAGUACAAUGAUGUUAUAUUCUUUAUUCCACCGCCGUUCGAAGAGGAAAAGACACCCCGGCCAUACGAAAAGAAACGUGAAAGUUUGUCUGUCAUGAUUUUGGGCAUCGAUUCGUUGUCUCAGAUGCAUUUCGAACGGAAUUUCCCACAUUUGACGAGCUUCCUGGACUAUGUGCCACACACGUUCUUCCUGGGGUACAGUCGCGUGGGUCUGGACGCCUAUGAAAAUGUGGUUCCCCUAUUGAGUGGCCUGCGCAGCGAUGAGCUGGAACAACGAUGUCUUUCGGCGAAUAAAUCAACGUACGAUAAGUGCGGCCUUCUUUGGGAGAAGUUCAAGGAUGCUGGCUAUUCCACGAUCUAUGGAGAGGACACCGCCAAGGGCAUUUUCACGGAUGAAAGAGCGGGUUUCCGCAAACAACCGACGGACUUUUAUCUGCAUCCCGUGAUGCUCGAAAUGGACAAGCACACGCGCUACAGCAUCGAUGCGAGCGAGCUCAUCCACUGCUCGGGAGGGCGGCAGUUUUUCGAUGUCUUGAACGAUUUCAUCGAUAAACUAUCGUUUUACAUGCAAACUGCCCCGUUUUUCUCGUUCUUUUGGCACUCGCAAGGCGUCAAGGACUACUAUCACUAUGCCCGGCGCUUGGAUGUGGACUACGUGAAGCGUUUGAGGCGUCUCCUGGAGAUGGACAUCCUAGACAACACUCUGGUGCUCCUCAUGUCGGACUAUGGACUGCGUUCCGGAAAAUAUCGCCUGACGUACAGUGGCAUGCGGGAGGAGUCGCAGCCCUUUCUUGUGGCCAUAUAUCCCGACUGGUUAAAGGCCAAAUAUCCCUUUGCCAUGGACAACUUCAAGCAGAAUGCCCACAACCUGGUCACAGCCUUCGAUCUGCAUGCUACCCUCAAGGAUGUGAUGGAUCUGAAUCUUCUGAAGAACCAGCAUGUGGAGAAUCGAACGGAUGUACUGCGUGGCUAUCCCCCCAAGAAGGUGCCGCGUGGCGUGAGUCUCUUUCUGCCGCUGCCCCUGAAACGGAACUGCGAAUCGGCUGGCAUACCAUCGCACUACUGCCCCUGCACCGAUCUCACGGAAAUCCCCACCGACGAUGGCAUUGUGCUGCGUACUGCUCGUUUCCUCAUCGCUUCCAUCAAUCAAAUUAUCGGCCCCCACGAGAAAUGCCAACAAUUGCGGCUCUACAAGGUGAUGCUUGCGUAUUUCGUGGAUCUCGGCGAGAGUUCCUUCGUCUACGAGCUGCGGCUGCGGGUGAGCACCAUCCCAGGGGAUGGACUCUUCGAGGGCACGGCACGGCUCACGGACACCUUCCAUCUGACGGGUCCCAUCACGCGAGUGAAUGAGUAUCGCAGUCAGUCCUUCUGUGUCAACGAGACGAGCAUCAAAAUGUAUUGCUAUUGUCCAAACUAAAGAACUUUUCCAUCAAUUAAAACCAUUGGUCGAACUCUGAAA